CUCUUACAUAGUAUUGAUAAAAACAUUGCUGUUUUUAAAAUAUGUGAUAUUAAAUCAGGUCAUACUCCAAGGAAGUACUUAAAAAUGUUUUUAUAAUUCAACAGAGUCCUCUCGGAGAUUAUUAAUUAGUUGAAUUUUGUUGUUAGAUAAACCGAGUUAUACCUAAUAACAUUGAUCGCUUCGCACAGUAAAAUGUAAUUCGUCCGUCGCCGUUUGAUGCUUUAGUUGAAUAUUCCGAAUAAGAAAAUUCAUUGCCAUUCUCACGGUCAACAAGCAGUUCUCGUCUUGAUGUCAAACCAACUUAAUUAUUCUUUUAUUAAUCUACAGUGAUAUAAGGAAGUUAUUUUUUAAAAUUAAUUUUAAGAAAUUUGUGAACGAAAAUGUCGUCGAUACUACUUGCAAUUUUGAUUCUAAUGAUUUUGUUCUAUUUGAAAUUCAUCAGACCAGCGGAUUAUUGGAGGAAGCGUAGAGUUUUUCAUGUUUCGGCGGUUAGAAAUUUUUUAAAAGUGGUGCUUAGCAGGAAAUCUUUGUUUGAAAUUUCGCUCGACUCUUAUCGGGAUUAUCCGGAUAGAAGAUUCUAUGGAAGCUACCAGUUAUUCGCACCAUCUCUAGUUGUCAGAGAUCUCGACCUUAUCAAACAAAUCACCAUCAAGGAUUUCGACUAUUUUACAGAUCAUUUUACAUUUUUUAACGAAAAAACAGAUCCAAUUCUGGGCCAGAAUUUAUUCGAACUAAAAGGGGAGAAAUGGAAAGAUAUGCGAUCGACAUUAUCACCAGCUUUCACGAGUUCCAAAAUGAAAGGAAUGUUUCCGUUUAUACAAGAAACUGCUGAAAAAUUUACAAACCAUUUUUAUAACCUGCCAGAAGAUGUUAUAGAUAUGGAUAUUAAAAUUGAAUUCUCCAAAUUUUCCAACGAUGUCAUCGCUACUUGCGCUUUUGGAAUCGAAUGUGAUACUUUGAAAAAUGAAGACAAUGAUUUUUUUGCUAUGGGCCACCAAGUAGCCAACCCGACCAUUAGAACUAGGUUUAAGUUAUUUUUGGGGAUGUUAUUGCCAAAACUUUAUCAGUCUUUAAAUGUACCAAUAUUUCCACAAAACAUAAUAUCGUUCUUCCAAAAUUUGGUAAAAAGCAAUAUGGAUUAUAGAGAAAAACACAAAGUAUUCCGUCCAGAUAUGAUUCACUUACUUAUGGAAGCCAAAUAUGGACAAUUGAAACAUGAUAACGAAACCUCAGAACAAGACACAGGUUACGCUACCGUACAAGAAUCGUAUAUAGGAAAAUCUAUUAGAAAAAUAAAGCUUACUGAUGAUUUAAUAACGGCACAAGCAUUGGUGUUUUUUAUAGCUGGGUUUGAUACAACUUCCAACGUGAUGUGCUUUCUAGCACAUCAACUUGCAAUCGACGAAGAGGUUCAGAAUAAAUUGCAAGCAGAAGUGGACGAAGUGAUGAGUAGAUGUAACGGAAUAAUUAGUUAUGAAGAAAUACUGAAUAUGAAGUAUUUAGAUCAAGUAAUAUCUGAAGUACUAAGAAGGUAUCCACCUGGCUACGCAUUGCUAAGGGUAUGCGUUGAAAAUUAUAAAAUCGAAGCAUUCAAAAGAUCGGAAAAAAGUUUCGUUUUGGAAAAAGGGACAAUUGUAAAUUUGCCAAUAGUAGGAAUUCACAUGGACCCAAUACUGUUUCCUGACCCGGAAAAGUUUGACCCUGAAAGAUUUAGUGAGGAGAAUAAGAGAAAAAUUGUUCCAGGUAGUUUUAUGCCAUUUGGAAGUGGACCAAGGAACUGUAUUGGGUCCAGAUUUGCCCUUUUAGAAAGUAAAGCCCUUAUUGUUUCUAUAUUAUCAAAAUUUACUAUUGUUCCAAACAAGAAGACUAAAGUUCCUUUAAGACUAUCUAAACAAAUAGUACUAACUAGCAAAGAUGGAUUUUGGUUAAGUUUUAAAAAACGAAGACAUUUAUAGUAAUAGUAUAAUAGUAGUAGGCACUUUCUUUAAUCAUGUACUUAUAUUUUUUAAAUAAAUAUUGUGAUAAUAAAUAAAAAUAAAACGAAAAAGUG